AAGGAAUCUAUGUCGUGAUCAAAAUAUUGAAAAGGAAGGAGACACUUGAAAUAGAAAUAACCAAAAUUAAGUGGCACUAUAGCAAACUCAAAGAAAAAAAAAAGUGAUAUUUUAUUUUUCAUGAAAAAAAUAAAAAAGAAAGUCGACAACUGAGAGAUUCACAGAUUCAUUCACCAAGUGUAACUCAGAGAGGAGAGAGCUAGUGAGGAAAGGGGUUGGUGGGGAAGAGGGUGAGAGAGAGAGAGAGAGAGAGAGAGAGAGAGAGAGAGAGGGUUUGGAAUCGAGUCUGGGUCUGGGGAAGAAGAAGGGCAAGAGAGAGCUAUGUCAGACCUAGACCGCCAAAUAGAGCAGUUGAAGAAGUGUGAGCCUUUGAAGGAGUCAGAGGUGAAAGCUCUAUGCCUCAAAGCCAUGGAAAUCCUCGUCGAAGAGAGCAACGUGCAGAGGGUGGAUGCCCCCGUUACAAUAUGUGGCGACAUACAUGGUCAGUUUUAUGACAUGAAAGAGCUUUUCAAAGUAGGAGGUGAUUGCCCUAAGACUAACUAUUUGUUCCUUGGAGAUUUUGUUGACAGAGGAUUUUACUCUGUUGAGACAUUUUUACUUCUACUUGCCUUGAAGGUGAGAUAUCCAGAUCGGAUAACCCUCAUCAGAGGGAAUCAUGAGAGUCGUCAGAUUACACAGGUAUAUGGAUUCUAUGACGAGUGCCUUCGUAAAUAUGGUUCUGCAAAUGUUUGGAGAUAUUGCACCGAUAUAUUCGAUUACCUAAGUCUAUCAGCUCUCAUCGAGAACAAAAUUUUUAGUGUCCAUGGUGGUCUUUCCCCAGCCAUUUCAACGUUGGAUCAGAUACGCAUAAUCGAUCGAAAGCAAGAAGUACCUCAUGAUGGUGCAAUGUGUGACCUGUUGUGGUCGGAUCCCGAAGAUAUUGUGGAUGGUUGGGGUUUGAGUCCUCGUGGUGCUGGUUUCCUCUUUGGUGGCAGUGUUGUUACUUCAUUUAACCACACAAAUAAUAUUGAUUAUAUAUGCCGUGCUCAUCAGUUGGUUAUGGAAGGAUAUAAGUGGAUGUUCAAUAGUCAGAUAGUGACAGUGUGGUCAGCUCCAAAUUACUGUUACAGGUGUGGUAAUGUAGCUGCGAUUCUUGAACUGGAUGAAAAUCUUAAUAAGAAGUUUCGAGUGUUUGAAGCUGCUCCACAGGAAUCAAGAGGGACACCCGCCAAAAAACCUGCACCAGACUACUUUCUAUGACGUAAUAAUCUGGUAAAGCUUAUCCUUUUAGUGUCCACCAAAUUAAGCUUGAACUGUUGAACAACAAACAUACAUCGGCAUUGUUGAUGGAGACGGUUUCUCCUGAAAACGGAGAUAUUCAUUGGUGGUAGACUUCUCAACAAUCACAUAUGCUCGAAGGACCUGCGAUAUUCGUACUUCUGUUGAUCAGUUUGGAAUAUUGAGAUAUAUUUCCCUCUAUUUUUUACCUUCUACCUUCUUGAUAUUUGUUUGUAUAAGUAAUGUGCAUUACCAUUAGCAGAGUCUCUCGCUCCCUCUAUCUCUUUCGCGUGCAAUAUAGAAUCCUUGUUUCUAUUAGAACAGAUAGGUGAUCGGUUUUGAAAAAGAAGUUUUUCUUCCUUGCACAAAGGGGUUGAAUUGGAUUAUUAAAAGCUACUCGCAUUGAGUUUCUUUGCCUAUUUGGGCAAUAAAUGUUUCUUUUUUUUAUCUCUUUUCUUUCAAUGCCCCUCAGAUUACUUCAUCUAUGAAAAUUUGGAUCGAAGUUGUAACUUAUCAUAUUGAUUAUUGACUUAUGAUUUGUACUUGCUCUAGUGGCAACGAACUCUUUUUUUUUUUAAA